UAUCACAGGUAGCUGUUGAAAUUGAAACACAGUAUCUCUACGUCUGUUUUAUUUUGUUCUGUUUCUUAAGACUAUGAUGUGAUGCCAUGAGUCUUGACAGUAAACUGUCCAAUCCUUUGUACAAAUACUCCAUGGUGGGGCGCGGUGAAUGCCUGUGAGCGGGGAAGGAAUUGGCUUUUGGGGGGAGCUUAGUGAAGCGAGACAUUACUGCUUCUUUGAAAGAGUAUUAGAGGCGGAUGCAGCCAUUAAGCUAAACCGAUGGCAACACAGACCAUAGACGGGGCUGGAAAGAGAGCUGACACUUUUAUUCAAAAGGCUUUGUGUGUGUGUGUGAGUGUGUGAGUGUAUGUGUGUGGUUGUGGGUGUGGGUCAGGAUCCAGUCAGACCGGUACGUGCUGGGAACUUGGCAAUGGAGUGCAUGAGACAAGUGUUUCACAAGAGUGUCAUCCCCUUGGAGACAAAGCAAUGUUUGUAGUGAGGAGAGGACAAUCACAUAUGGACGCUGUAUGUCUUAAGGGAUCCAUAAAAUAUCACCAUAAGAUGAUACACCAGCACUCUCGUCGUCAUCAUCAUCAUCAUCAUCACCAUCAGGUCAUCAGUCAGUGGAGCAAAUCUUAAACUUAUUUAUAUGUCUAACAGGGAAGGGCUCUCAUUCAGUCACAGUGGCUUAUUAGUUCAUACACAAACGAACUCAACAUGAUAUUUUACAUUGGCCCAAUUAGUCACCAAACAAACAGACUUACACGCAAUAUGUUACAACUGUAAACGUAAAACAGCCCCAUCUGUGAUGCAACCAAUAAAUUCAUCAUCACUUUGAAUCCAGUAUGGAAAUGAGUCACUACCUCCCGCCCCUAACUUUCCCCUGGGAAAAACUUCACUCAAGUAUAAAUCUAGCGCCGCCGGGAUGGUCUGGAGAGUGCAAAAGACCGGAGCUGGAUCAGACUGAAGCUACACCAUGGAGUUUUGCAUAUUAACCCUACUGACAGUUUUCUCCUCGUUUUACAGCGUUUUUGCGCUGCCACAUAAAGGCGUGUGUCUGCUCCAAGUGGACGAGGGACCUUGCAGAGGGGAGAUCGAGCGCUAUUACUACAACACCAUCACUCAGAAAUGCGAGACGUUCUACUAUGGAGGCUGCCAAGGGAAUGACAAUAACUUCAAGAGUUAUCAGGAGUGCCAGAAAACAUGUUUUAGAAUACCAAAGAUCCCCCAAAUCUGCAGGUUUGCCAAGGAGGAGGGACCGUGCCGCGCCCUCCACCUGCGCUACUUCUUCAACAUGACCUCCAUGCAGUGCGAGUCCUUCUACUAUGGUGGCUGCCAGGGCAAUGCCAACCGCUUCCAGGACCUCACCUCUUGCAAGGAGUACUGCAGUCCACAGAAAACUGUUCCUGUGCUCUGCCUGGAUCCUCUGGACAAAGGGAAGUGCUCCGCCUCAAUAACAAGAUACUACUACAACACAGCCACCAAGAUGUGUGAGGAGUUCAUCUACUCUGGCUGCGGAGGGAGCAGCAACAACUUCGUCUCACGUCAGAGCUGCAUGGACGUCUGUGCCAAAGGAAAGAAGAAGCACCCAGGUAUGGGGAAAGGACGUCGCAUGAGAAGGAACAGAAAUAUCACUUUCAUGCAGGCUUAAAUGUUGGACUCAGGAGUUCUCACUUGGAUAAACACAUAAUGCAAACUAACCAGCAGUAAACUGGGAUAUUCAAAACUAACUUGUUGCACUACUCUUAAUACUGAACAGAGAUCAGCUACAAGGGUGCACAGAUGAGGUCUGUCCACCAGCUAUUUACAUAAAUGUGAAUCGGUAAAUCCAACAGCAGUAUUUUUGUUGGUUUAUUUUUUUAGGUCAGUUCAUAAUGGCACAUACAUUUUACCAAUUUCGACUGUACUUUUGAAUUUGCCAGAAGUGCUUUGCAAACUGUUUUUAAUGUGACUUUACUGUAUGCUGUUGAUGAAGUUUUUUACUACUGCACUAAUGUUCCAGAGUGUGUAUUUUGAUAUACUGUGUAUGUAUGUUUAUAUUGUCUUUUUUAAUAUAAUGCAUUAUGACAAUGGUCUUUUUUAUUUGCUGUAUUUGACCUGUAUUAUAAGCACAUUUUUGAUAAAAUAUACAUCAUUUGAUAUAGA